AUGUCUAAGAGUUUCUUCCGUUUCGACAUGUUCAAGCGCCAGGACUCCUUCGACUCUCUGAAGUCGCCCAAGUCGCUCUCUUCCAAGCCCUCCUCGGCUGCCCCCUCAAGAUCCCACUCAAUCCGGAGUGAGCCUGUCGACAUUGCCGCUACACCAGUGACCGCAGCCCCCGUCCGCCCCAAGGCUUCCCGCAACUGGAGCUUCGGCCGUGUCCUUGACGAAGAAGAGAAGAAGCGCCGCCGCGACAGUCAGGAUGAGCAGGAUCGCCUUGCCUUUGCUGCUACUCGCAAGUACUCCAGCUGCCAGCGCCGUAGCCAGGGAGCUGGCGUUAACUUCCAGGGUGGCUGGCAAUGA